AUGACUACCACUGAAACUCCAGUCCCUCAAACUCAGGUCGCUCUGAGUGGAAAGGUCAUUGCUAUCACCGGUGCCAACCGCGGAAUCGGCCUGGGUAUUGCUGAGUGCUGCCUAGACAACGGCGCGGAUAAGGUCUACUCUAUCGACAUUGGUGAGACCGGGGAUGAUUUUGCCACUGUCUCCAAGAAAUACCCGGGCAAGCUUUUCUCCGUUACUGCCAAUGUGACCGACGAGGCCACUAUUACGGCCGCGGUCGACCAGAUUAUCAACGAGGCUGGUGGUCUCCAUGGAAUGGUGGCUAAUGCCGGACGUACCCAUCACAAGGCUGCUCUUGACUUUACCAAAGAAGAUAUUGAGACUCUGUUCAAUGUCAACCUCUUCGGUGCUUUCUACACCGCGCGUGCCGCUGCACGCGCAUUCAUUAAGCAGGGCGUAAAAGGCUCUGUGGUCUUCACAGCAUCUAUGGCUUCAUACCGGCCUAACAAGCGUGUUCCGUCCGCCCCUUACGGUGCCUCGAAGGCUGGUAUUCGCAACAUGGCCCACACCUUGGCGAUGGAGUGGGCACAAUACGGCAUUCGUGUGAACAGCGUAUCGCCUGGUCUGGUCAAGACCGCGAUGACAUACUGGGUACCUCAACAGCCCGAUUGGGAGCAGCAGCUCAAGUAUUAUGGCGGCUUCCCUCGCUUGGCGGAGAUACAAGAGCUCGGCGGUGCCUACGUGUAUCUCCUGAGUGAUGCCUCCAGCUAUACCACCUCUAUUGAUAUUCCCGUCAACGGAGUUAUUGGCAUCUGCUAA